UCGGUCGUGUCGCUGGCCUGGACCUGCCAUUCUUUCUCUUGCUUUGUUCGUUCAGGAUGGGCCUCGGGGACGGCGGCUCCUCGUCGAGCUGGGGCCGCCUCGCUGCGGAGGGCUGCACGAGCACGGGCGCGACCAUGUCGGUGGCGCACCGCGCGGGGCCGGCAGCGUCGGGCGGGUGCGUCGUCAACAUCUACGUGAACAACAACGUGCAGGGGGUGACCAACUCCGUGCUGGUCGGGAGCAAGGUGGUGAUGAGAGACCCCGGGGCGCGCGUCUGGAGCCACCGGCCGCGGCGCGGUGGUCGCCGGGAAGGGAAGAAGGAGCGGCGGAAGGAGCGGAGGAAAGUAGGCGCGCUCGUCGUCGUGUUGCUCGGGGCAGCUGCUGUCGCUGCUACUGUGCUUUGCCUCUUUCUUUUUGUACGCCUGCGUCAAGUCGGGCAGCAUGGACGGCGGUGGUCGCAGGCUCAGGUCAAGGUCUAUUUCCCUGCUGACUUCCAUCCUGGGAGCCCAUCCGAUCUGUUCCUGCCGAACCGGGAACAGCUCCAGGCAGGAUUCAGAAGCCGCGUCAGGCUCACCAUGGAUGGGCCAUGGAGACGAAAUCAAAAGGCUGAGGACGCUCACGCAGAUGCGGAUACUGAUCGGCCUCAAGGUCCAGCCCUGAUCCUGCUCCAGUACUAUCGCCUGUCCUAG